GUAUAUAAACAAUCAUCAAUUCAGCGAAGAAGUAAAAGUUCUGAAAGCGAGAGGAGACGCCAAUGUCGUAAUGUCGCCUCAUCGAUUCAGUUUACAAAGCAUGACAGUUAGCUGUCAAAUUUGACGUUCUGUGACGUUUCCAUGACAAUAAUCAAAUUUUGGUUGUUAAGAUGUGUCAGUUCAGGAUCUUAUUUGCAUUGACUUUCAUCCUGUUUCAUAACGCGGACGGCGACGGCAAAGGUUCGCCCCAUCCUCCGGGCGCCCAUCUGAACCUCUCCCACGGGAUGACCGGCAUCGAAGCCGUCGACGGAUCAGCGCAGGCCGUCCACUAUUUGGCGCGCUCCAACGAUCCCUUCGGUCCCUCCAGGCAGAUCCCACAAAAAAGGUCAUCGAAUGGUGGAAGCGUCGCGACGCGUUCGAAGCGCGGCGUCCUCGAGCUGUACAACAUGGUCCGAUGUUCGACCGGAUGUAAUCCGUUGAUCUACAAGGGAUACGGAUGCUACUGCGGUUUCCUGGGCUCCGGUUUCCCCGUCGACGGAAUUGACAUGUGUUGCAAGCAACACGACUGGUGUUACAACACGGCCAACUGUCCCAUGUAUUUGGAAUACUUCGUGCCAUACUACUGGAAGUGCUGGAAAGAUAAAUCGCUGUGUGCUAUUGACCAUUUGGAAUGGGGCGGAAGCGGUUCGUGCGCCCAAAGACUCUGCGAAUGCGAUCGCCUCCUCUCGGAAUGCCUGAGCCGCCAUCCCUGCCCGAAAUCAAGAGCCCUGUGCACCUCAUCACCAUGGCGACUGCUCCAGAACACCUUCAUGAUCUUCUAACGAGUGAAUCACUCCGCGCAUCACUCAAAUCAGUAUCUGGAAAAAAAGAACCAAAGCCAAAACGAAUUACCAAUAAGCUAUACGAUUCGUUAUUUGAAUUGUAAUUUAUAAUAAUAAUAAUAACCU